UAAAGUGUUGUACCGUAAUUAUUCAUUUUUUUGAACCGGCAUUUUUUUCGGCGUUCAACAGACCGUGGAAGCUUUUCCAUAUUCUAAAUAAAGACCAAUAACAAUCGAGACGUGUGCUUAUAAAUAACCUUACCACGAAAUCCUGAUAAUGCUAUUGCAAUUCGUAGGACAACAUAUUAGAAAGAUGAAAUAAGCUGUUUCAAGAUUUUCGGCAUCAAUGCGACAUCUCGAUCAAAGAGGGACGCAUGGUCAAACUUCGUUGUCAACAGCAACUUUUAAUAGUCUUUUAUGCAUAAGUUUCGAGGUUCUGUAUCUCGGGAAUAUCUUGGAAUUAAUCAGUUGGUGGAGCGAGGUGAAAUAACAUGGGAACAAGACGAAGAUUGGGAAGUGGAGCAGAUAUUGGACCAUACUGUUGAUGAGGGAACAGAUUAUUACCUGAUCAAAUGGAAGAACUGGAGCAAUGCUCACAACUCAUGGGAGCCCAAAGACAAUUUGGAGUGUCAAGACCUCCUGACAGAAUACCACUCCGAAGGCCGACGCAUCAUGGCCAAGCGCAAGCUCAUAGACUUGGACACUGUUGGAUACGACUCCAAACGCAGCCGUGUGGAUGAAAUCUUCAGAAAGCUUGAACCAAUCCGCAAAACACUCUCUCCACUUCAGUUGCUGUCUUUAUCCAGUCCUAAGAAAGGUGGAAAGCUUCCUCUGUUUAAGGGACUGAUCACCAGUAACGGUCAGAAAGUACCCAAGCUUCAUACACCAGGCUUCAAACAGUUAAAUCCAAGGACAAAGUUCUACAAACAGAAAAAAGAUGAAGUGCGGAAAGCACUGAAAGAAUGGGAGACAAAGUUGAACGGGAUCAACAAUGACCCUGCUCCAAUCGUUGUGGAGAAUGAAGUCGACUUGGAAGGGCCACCCGAGAACUUUGAGUAUAUCAAUGACUACAAACCAGGGGAAGGGAUUGACAUCCCUGACGACCCAAUAAUUGGCUGUGAAUGUGAAGAUUGUCUAGAUUGCAAGAAAACAUGUUGUCCUAGUGCCUGUGGAUCUGAAUUUGCAUACUACAAAUAUAAACGGCUAAGGAUUUCUAGGGGAACGCCAAUUUACGAGUGUAAUAAACGCUGCAAAUGUGGACCAGAAUGCCCCAAUCGAGUAGUACAGCAAGGUCGUAAAUGCAAACUGUGUGUAUUUCGCACCAGUAAUGGCAGGGGUUGGGGAGUGAAAACUCUACAAAAAAUCAAGAAAGGGUCAUUUGUUGUAGAAUAUGUAGGGGAGGUGAUUACAAACGAGGAGGCUGAGCGCCGGGGGCGGUACUACGAUGCAGUAGGGAGGACAUACUUGUUUGAUCUGGAUUAUAAUGAUGGCGACUGUCCUUUUACUGUUGAUGCUGGUUACUAUGGAAAUGUGUCACAUUUCAUCAAUCACUGCUGUGAUCCAAACUUAGAAGUAUUUGGUGUGUGGAUCAACGCAUUGGAUCCUAGACUGCCUCGCAUCGCUCUCUUCUCCCGACGAGACAUUGCCAAGGGGGAGGAACUAACCUUUGACUACAUGAUGACAGGGGACACCACCAAUCAGGCCCCAACUCUGGACGACGUGGAGAAAAGUGUUGCAGCUGGACUGAUGGGGCCGAUUGUGUUAGCUGACCCCUCCAAGGACAGCCCAGUAAUCGGUGAAGUAGAUACAGAUGGAACUGACGACGUUGACAUCUUGGGGGCAGUAACCAUGGAUACUCCUCCAGAGACACCUAUCAGUGGACAAGGUGACACUGGUGAUGACACCAUGGAGGAGAACUUGCCAAAUAAACCAGUGUCUCCAAGAAAAUCCCCACGUAAACAUGACUCUGAAGCAAAAUCUCCACUGAAAAUGAAUAUGUCACCACGCCCAAUCAUCUCGUCUAAGUCACCACAGAAGUCUAACUUGCCUACAACUUCACUGCCAAUGGCAGGCGACUUUUCUUCAGACACCGUUUCACCUGACAAAAAUCCAUCCACAAUCCAACAUUUGAACAAAGUGCUUGGGGCCGAGGGAGAUGCAGAACCUAGUGCCAAGUUGCUGCCCAAGUCCAUCACGGACCAGUACAGAAUAGUCUGUCAAUGUGGUGCCAAGAACUGCAGGAAGUACCUGUUUUAGGGAAUAUAAUACUAUUGUCAUUGUGACACGUAAUUUCACAUUUUAAUUACUCUGUAAUCCCUUAUAUUUCACAAGAUAUAUGUGUGUUCAUGUAAGUUCAUUAGAUGCCUCAAUCCCAAAUUAGAAAAUAGUUCAAUUUAUUAGUCCCCCACUGGUAUUACCAGAGGGAAGUUCAGGUAAGCACUCUGCCCAGUGUGUCACAUUUACCAGGGUUUAUCCUAUAUACUCUACCAAACUUUGUAGCCGAGUAUUUCUUGGGAUGGGGAAGGUCCACGUUCUAGAAAUUGAGUCAUGUGCCCCAACUAUUUACAGAGUUAUGUCCCUUCGGUCACCUAGCAUCACCUUUUUCUAGAGUGAAUCCCAAUACUGUGUCGCUCACCGUUUCCAAGAGUUAAAAAUUCAAUUUAGUUUCUUUAUCAAUUACACUUCAGCAUGCUGUGACUCAGCUAGGGCCUUACUGUUAGUUGUUGAAAAUCUUUUAUGAAAAAUAUUGAGUAUUACUAUAAUUUAACCAACUGAAGACAACAUAAAAUGAAAAUAUCUUUUUAUCUCAUGAGAUGCAGCAUUACUCUGUGAACACACCCAUGCUAUAUAUUUUUAAAAUGUAAUUGUGUAUUAAAAAUUUGAUAAUGAACUGUUAAAUGUUACGGAAUUGUGUCCAGAGAAUUCAAAUUGUUUUGUGACAUAACAAUGGAAACAGUAGAAAUAAGAAGGUAGAAUUUUUAAACUUCAAGAAAGACUUGGAAAUGCAUGUUUAUCACAUGUCAGAUUCAGACAAGCAUUUGUAUGAAAAUAAUUCUAAAUUUGUUUUGAUUUUGUAUGAGACAUAGUAAUUGAAGUGAUGUUUAAGUGGACAUCAUCUAGUAUCCCUGUCACUGUAAGAGCAACUCAUGACAUGUGAAAAUUUGGUGUAAAACAUUUUAAUAUCAAAUUUAAUAUGCAAAUUACAAAAUCAUAUUUAAGGAGCAAACGGGAUCAAUAAUGUUAGGAACUAGAAGUCUUCAUCCAACAGUUGUAAAAACUAGAUAACCUUACCACUGUCAUUUUGAAUUGAAAUUCCUCACCAUUACGAUUGAUUAUUUUUAUAACAACUCUAUAAAAUUAUUUGUCUGUCAAUGAAAGAUCUAUAAAAAUAUUUAUCGAUCAAUGACAGAUCUAUAAAAAUAUUUAUCUAUCAAUAACAGAUCUAGAAAAUUAUUUAUCUUUAUCUAGGAAAGGAUAGAUCUAGAAAAUUAUUUAUCUGUCAAGGAUAGAUAUUAACUAUUCAUCUAUCUAUAAAAGAUGAAGUUUGUUCCUGAAUGGCAAAAUUUUAUGUUGUUUGGUUUUUGUCAGAAAGGAUUAUUAUAAUACGUUGUGUUGUUAGUAGUAAUUCUUUUGUUGAUAAGUCAGGUUUUUCUGUUGCAGUUGUCGCCUCAAUUAAUUUAUAAUCUACCGGUACAAGUUAUGUUUUUCUAUUGAGUUUUAGAAUUUACUUUAAAUAUUAUACUGGUACACGUAGCAUUUCUGAAACAUGUCAGACUGGAAAAAUGCAUGUAAUAAACAGAGAAUAAUUUAUUGACAUUUAACUCAGAUAAUGAAGGUUUCAGAUUUAUGAUAAGAAAUAGAAAAUGUAAUGUGAAUGUUGUUGGACAUAUGAGAAUGACAUAGCCCUAUACAUGUAUAACAGAAGGACCUGUCAGUUGAACAAUCUGCAAUGUUGUGACUGGUACAAAUAAAUGUUGGUACCCUUGUGAGAUAGAAUAGUUUAGUUUUAAGAUUUAAACCUUGCUAAUAGGAGAUAUUAUGUUGUGACAGGCCAUACAUAUAUGUAUAUUAUUGUUAACAUGUACAAAUAUUUUCCCCAUUUAAGACUAUUAAUCAGCACUAUAAACAUUUUAGUUAAAAUACAUUAUCAUCACUUAUGUACAGCCUUGAGAAAAUAGCCGAGAUUCAAUGUGCCAUUUCAUGUUUUUCUCAACUGACUGCAUUAUUAUGAAAGGCAACUUUAGAAAUGCUGUAGAUUUUUCCCUGUGUAGAAUUGCAUGGAUGGUUCUCUUUUAAAGUUUUACUAAUUCAUAUCAAACACUUGUAACGGAGAGAAUCAUUUAUUUUUAUGAGACUGAGUAACAAAGCCUGUACUACUGUAAGUGAUUUGGAUUUGUAUUUUAUUGCAGCCCCCCAAACACCAAUUUAUUGAAUUACAUAAACUUUAUUUGUUCAGUAUUGUUGAAUGAACAACUUUUUAUUUUUGGUGGGGUUGCAUUUUGACACAAAAAAGGGUUUUUUUCUGAAUAUCAUCAAAGAAGGGUACUGCUCUCCAGUCUCCAUACUAAGUAAAUUAGAAUCUUGGCUAUUCAAGGACAAAGACCAUAUUAUUAAAUAUUAUUUACUAUGUUUAUCAGGGAAGAUCUAAAUUAAAAUUAGAGAACAAAUUGUAUAUAGAUCUUUUUGUACAUAAGUGUUUUAUAGACUUCCAUUAAGUGAAGAUCUACUGAGUUUUAACCAUCUUUAAAUCAAUAAAAUAUUGUACAUACUAUAUGUGAGGUUUGGUUUGUGGUAUGAUGAAUCAAAACCUGGAAACCGGGCAGCAUCUUAAUAUCUUUCAUAAUCAAUCUGUAAUGAACUUUGGGUUUUAACAUAAACAAUCCGUAUUUUAAUACUGGUCAUGAAAAUUACGUGUGAACAUUGUUAAAUCUCACCAGGGGGAUUGUUUCAGAAUAUCAUGAGCGGUAAACCAGAAAGGGGAGUCACCGAAUUAUUAGUUCAGGUCUUUUCACAACAGCUUGUCCUGGUGGUAACUAUCAAACUUUUAGAUAUCUCGAUGAAACCAUGUUUAACUGCAUUAGGGCUGUUUCAGAAUUACGGAAGGCACUUUUUCAAAGACCCCCACCAACCUAUGAUCUUAAAAAUGAUUUAAUAUAAGGAAUGGUAGGCAGAUCCGGUUUUAACCCCACCACCCAUAAUAUAUUAAUACAGUGCCUCCCACCUCCUCACUAAAGUAAAUGAUGGAAUGGCCCAUGUCCUCAAGUAUAAAUUGGGACAUUGGGACUUUAACCUCUACAUGGUAGAUCAUCCAAUGCUAAAAUAAGAGGAGACAUCUUUUUCAAAAUCUCUGUUAAAUAUAUGAAUAUUGUUCUGUAAAAAGUUUCCUAAUUUUUAUCAAAGAUCUUGGGAUUUUUAGACAUAAUUUUAUGUUUUCAAGGUAAAGCCCACUUUGGUCAUUUAUGAACUCCAUUCGUUUAUAUUCAAUGCAAUGACAAAUAAGAUUUAAUAUGCAUAUGUGAUAAUUGUGUUUAGUGUUUAAUUAAAUUCUGAUUUGCGUUUUUCUUCAUAUGUAAAGAGACCUGUUGUUUAAAAAAAUAAUAAUGGGAAAACCUAUUAUAAUACACCAUAUGUAGUACACAAAAAUAUUUUUGAAUGAAAGUUUAUGUACAUAUGAUUCCUCCCAAUUCAUAAGUAUGCAUCUUUGAAUUCUAGGGGUUCUGCUAUUGGUAUCGCAUGUAUAUCUACUCUGUACCCUUGAAAUACACCAUGGCAAAAUCGACCACUUAAUGUUGGUUAUUUGAUCCUGACACAAUCACUGCUGAUGUUGACAAUGGUGUCUGUACCUUAAGGAUUGUCAAAGAGGUUCCGAGAUCAAGGCCGGUCAAUUUUACUGAAAAAUUCCUUCAUGUUUUAUCAAAACAUAACUUCCAGAUAACAGUUAUCUUGGAAAAUUUAAUUAAUUUCAUCCGGACAAAAACCAAGGGUGCGGAGUAGAUGUGUGAUAAUGGGAGUAUAUGUAUAACCCUUGGAUUACAAAGAUAAUAGUAGUUUGUCAAUUAUUGUGUUCUCUAUUUUAAUGAAUUGUCUAUUUUAUUUAAUACAGAAAUGUACAGUUGAUUGCCGCCAGAUAAAGACAUGAGGAUUUUAAGGUUAAAUUACAGCAUGAUGAAGAGGCUAAGAUUUUGGUAUUUGACUGUGGAUUAAAUCAUAAUUACAACAGUUAUACUUGUUGCAGAAUGAUUUCUGCAUAAUAGUGCUAUACUGGUGUUUUAUCUAUUAUUUGGAAUUUUCUAGUAUUGUAAUUAGCACUGUACGAGUGUUUUUAUGUAAAAUUGCAUUUUAGUUGCACGAAUUGAUGAAACAAGUAAAUAUUUCCCAGUAGUCAGUGUUCCUGUCUAGUGUAUUUUUUUUUCAAUAAUGGGAAAGAAACAGUUAUUCGUUCGAAAUCAUUUUGAAGUUCUGUUGAUAUUCACGAAAUUUUAAACAUUUACUGUUUUCUUCUCCUGAUAAAGGUUUUCUUUUUGCAUUAUUUCAGACUAUGUGGGAUAAUUUCCACUUUUCAAUUUCUGUAGAAUUUUCAUUGGUGUGUUUCGUAGACAUGGAUAUGUCGACCUGAUAAGUAACAGGUUCUGGAUUGUCAAACUCUGAGGGUUGAGAUUUCCGUGGCCACUUAAUACAACAAUGGUUAAUUUGUUUUCUCCCUGCCCACGCAAAUAUAGGACAAACGAAAAACUAAAAAGUCCUUCAUAAUGUGAUCUUUUUUUAUUCAGACAUUAUGGACAUUUGGUGUAGCUUAUAUUUAGAUGAACCUUGUUUUAAUGGGCAACUAUGGGUGGAUGUAUUGUUCUGAUACCAAUGUAAAACAAAUAUAUCACCGCAAAUAAAUCAUCUUCAAAAAUUAUCUUCCAAGCUUGGUGGUCCAUAGUACAAACAGGACAUUCAGAUCAAAACAGAUUUCCUUAGCUCUUACUGAUAAACUUGUUCAUGUAAAUAACUGACUUCUACUGUUAUAUAAAAAUGUUGGACUCUCAAUGGCAAUUAGAAUAGACUUAUAGUUAAAAUUUAUAUUGAAUUAUUUCAAGCGUGUAUGUUUUAAAAUUAGAUUACCAAUGUAUGUUAAUGUAACUAGUUUGAUAAUAAUAUUGUCCUCCCCUACUCUGGAAAGUUUUGUUGCACAUGCACAGGUAUCACAAGCAAAUCGCUUCCGCAGUUGUUUCAUGCAUUGACAAAUCCAUUCAUGACAUGCUGAUGUUUUCCAUGCAUUAUGUUCACCAUACAAAAAUAGAUCACAAGUUGAACACACACACACACACACACCCCACACACACCCCCCACACACACACCCCACACACACACCCCACACACACACCCCCCACCACCCCCUGAAGCCGACAAAAAAAGUUCUUAUUAAGACCUCAUAUUUUAACUUAAAAAUUCCAAUAUUGGUGUCCCUAAGCAAACAAACAAUGAAAAAUGUUGUAGUAUGAUACAUGUAUUGUGAAUUGAUUUUAUAGUGAAAAGCAGGUACAAAAAAAACCAAUAAAUUAACUUUUGAGUGUGGUAGUUGGCUUAGGCCAAACAGUAAGUUGGUUAAGAGAGUAUUGUUACAGGAUAAAUUGUCAUCUGGCUCCAUAAAAAAGUGUUUUCUCUGGGUUGUUGUACAUUGUACCAGCAGAUUACCUCUUGCUUGUAACUAACCUUGAAAAGAAAAGCUCCUGGUGAAAAAGUAUCCAGGUUUUCAGAUGAUCCUAUUAACCACCUCUUAAAAGAAUGCCCCAAGUAACCUCCCCCUAGAGAGAAGAUCCAUAGUUACCCCCACCCCAGGUAGAAGGCUUGUAGUAAUAAUCAUCUCCCUUACUGCGGAUUCUGUCUCAGCUUGAUUAUGAGAGAUGUUUCUUUGGGUGGAUGUUAGGGGGUUUAUACUUGAGGGUGGUUUCUCAGACUUUUUGUCUAAUGCUGAUUACAGAGGCGCACUGUAGCAUUGCUGACCCGUGUUUCACCAGAUAGGGACGGCUACUAGUUAUUUUCCGUAAUUGGUGUUCUUAUUCUCUUCUUUGGGAUAGUAAAUAAAAGCCCUAUACCUUGGGGUGGUUACCAGGAAUCUUCUUUAUGGGUGGUGUUUACUAAUGCAGUGUCUCGGGCUGGAUACUUUGAUCCUCUACCCAAUGGUGGAUACUAGUGGGCAUUUUCUCUCGAGAUGGAUACAAGAGGACUUAUAUUCUUGGGUGGUUAAAAAGGGACACUAUCUUUAGCUUCAUACUCUCGAUGAAUGAUUAAUGUGGCGUUUUUCAAAGAGUUGAUCUUAGCCUUUCACAUAGAGAUGGUUGUAAGGGACCUUCUACCUAGAGUUUAACAGGUACUUUUGCUUUGGAUGGUUAUUAUCAACUUUUUACCUAGUAAAUAUGUCCUACCACCUAGUGAUGAGUAUUAGGUGUGUUCCAUCUAGAGCUGAUAUAAGGAACCUUUCAUCGAUUUUAUCAGGAGCAUUCUACGUAGUGUAAUUGAAACCACUCGAGUUGAAAUUGCAUACAAAAUAAGGCCUAGUGUUAUUUAGUAGAUGCCAAAAGGGUAGACAUGGUCUACCUCUGAAUGUUACAAAUAGGACCACAUGUGUGUAAAUAAGUCUUACAAAUUCUAUGAUUUUAGACGUGUCACUACUUUCUAUAUUUUAUGUCAAUUGAAUAAAGUCAUCUAAACGAGAUGGAAUGGACAUUCA